AUGGCCGGAGCUCUGGUCGUCAGCACCACUUCGGCCGGAUUUGCACUGGCCCCAGGACCUUUUGACUGGCCCCUCUUUCUGCUUACUUCUCUGGGCACAGGCCUUGCAUCCUGUACUGCCAACUCCAUCAGUCAGGCUUACAAAGAGAACUACACAGCUCUGGAACUUCACUUUUAUACCAUGCAUGGUCUGAUACCAGUUAUUGAUGAGGACACAUGCGAGACAGAGUCAAAGCUUCAAUAUGGCUUAAAUCACACAUUAUAUGCCACCAUCUCUUCUAUGGAUUCCUGGUUAUUUCUGGAAGGGACGGACCGAGGGACUAGACAAAAAUUCUCUGGCGGAGCGAAACACGCAGAGCGAGGAGUCCCUUUCCGCGCUAGUGCGCAAGCGCCACACCCCGGCGCGGCCCAGCUCUUCCGGCGCGACGCGAGCUCCGCGGAGUCCAAUGGGAGCGCUGCGUCGGGGCUGCGCACGCGCGGUGCAGACUCGCCCGGAAGUCAGGGUCUCGGGGCUGAGCGCGAACCUGAGAAGAUGAACCCUUUAACUAAAGUGAAGCUGAUCAACGAGCUGAAUGAGCGUGAGGUCCAGCUUGGGGUGGCAGAUAAGGUGUCCUGGCACUCCGAGUACAAAGACAGCGCCUGGAUCUUCCUGGGAGGGCUUCCUUAUGAACUGACUGAAGGGGACAUCAUCUGUGUGUUCUCACAAUAUGGGGAGAUUGUUAACAUUAAUCUGGUGCGGGACAAGAAGACUGGGAAAUCCAAAGGAUUCUGUUUCCUUUGCUAUGAAGACCAGAGGAGCACAAUUCUGGCUGUUGACAAUUUUAAUGGGAUCAAGAUCAAAGGAAGAACUAUUCGAGUGGAUCAUGUGUCCAACUAUCGAGCUCCCAAGGACUCUGAAGAAAUAGAUGAUGUGUCCAAAGAACUCCAGGAGAGGGGCUGUGGGGCUCACACCCCCUCAGUGAGUUCAUCUGAAGGUUCUGAAGAUGACAAACCCACAAAAAAACACAAAAAAGACAAAAAGGAAAAAAAGAGAAGAAAGAAAGACAAAGAGAAGCCUGACCGGGAGGUACAGGCGGAGCAGCCAGCCCCCUCUUCGCCACCCAGAAACAAGAUGGUAAAGGAAAAGGACGACCGUGGCUCUAAAAAGCAUAGCAACAAGAACUCAGAGUGGGGUCAGAAGUCAGAGCCCAGGGAGGUGCGGAAGCACCAGCCCAGCUCUCCCGAGGUCAGGGCGACCUGCCGCGGUGGAGCAGGGGACAGAGAGAGGGAGCCGAAGAAGGAGAAGCCGAAGCAUGAACAUAGGUCCUCAACCAGAGAAGAAAAGAACAGAGAUAGAGACCGGGGCCGAAGCUCAGACACACACUCCAGCCGGCCCAAUGGGCGUUCUGAGGGGCGUAGUCAGCGAAGUAGAAGUAGGAGCCGAGAGAGGUCCCACAGGCCGAAGAGGGCCCGGCACUCGUGGGACCAGGAGUCCUCUAACCCCGGUGACCGCAGACACCACUGAAGCUGCGGCCUCUCUCUCUUCCUGGUAGAACUGGAACUGGAAAUGAACUUGGUCUUUAAAAUGCAAUCGUACUCAGUUAUGCUUUUACUGUUACUGUAAGUAAAAUAUCUGAGGCCGAAUUCUUCCAAUCCCUUGAGUAUUAGAGUCAUUGAGAGCUGUAGUUUUAACAGCCUCAUAGGCCUGGAUUUUUGAGCGAAAUCCAUUGUUCCUGGGAAUAUGCUCAGUACUUACCAGAGGAGGUAUCCUAAAUUUGGUUUCAUAAAUGUGGUCCUUGAA